AUGGGCGUGACCUUUGCGACACCACUUGUUUUAUCACAAAACGCUACAUUCUUGUUUAACUGUGCCGCUAAUUCCGAUAUGUUUCAAGAGAAAAAGGAGAAGAGAGGAUUCAUAAGGAAGUAUUUUUGGGAAGGUCAAUACCUAGACGAAACCGCAGUAUGCUUACAAGAGGUACCGGAAGAUGCCGAUAUUCUGGACAUUGCUCUUAUCAAAUAUCGAAAAUAUGUGGCACUGCUGAUUCCUGUGGUGAUAAUGCAGACAUUUUGGUGGCUAACUGCUAUUCGCCUGGAUUGGCUUUCUCUGUAUUCUACACAUUGGCAACUUCCUGCUGUCAUGCUGCUCGGAUCAAUUGUUGCUGGUAAGUCUUGAUU